AUGGUCGCCGCCCAAGAUGAUGGUGCGCAGCGGAAGCUCGCCCAUACUCUGCUCUUGGAGCUGAUGUCAUACCAAUUUGCCUCCCCAGUCCGCUGGAUUGAAACUCAAGAUGUUGUGCUCGGCCAAUACCGCGCCGAACGCAUCAUCGAGAUUGGCCCUGCCGCAACACUUACCAACAUGAUCAAACAAACAGUCCAGUCGAAAUUCUUGCACAGCGACCGAGCCUCCCUGCUGCAACGUCAGCUUCUCGCCUCCGAGAAACAGGGGAAGGAUAUCUACUACGAGGACGAUGGCGUUGGUAUUGGCACUGGUGCGGAGGCGCCCGCUCCGAGUGCCAAGACCCAAGCCCAGGCUUCCGGCGGCGCCGGGACGAUCGCUGGCGCUGGCAGUAGCACUGCUCCUGUUACGGCCCCUCCCGCUCCCGCCGCCGCCAAAGCAGUACCGGCUGGUGGCAUGCAAGCCAUUGAAGACCGACAAGCGCAAGCUUUUGAGAUCGUUCGCACAUUGUUGUCGAGAAUCUUGAAGAUCGCCUUGACAGAUGUAGUCGGGACGCAAAGUAUUAAAUCCCUUUCCGGUGGUCGCUCAACUCUGGAGAACGAAAUCAUCGGCGAUCUUGCCAGCGAGUUCGGGUCUCUCCCUGACCGCGCCGAAGACCUCACAGUCAACGACCUCAGCGCUGCUCUGCAAAAGACCUUCACAGGCCAGAUGCGCAAGGUAAUACUGAAAAUGCUCCACGCGAUGUUCGCGUCAAAAAUGCCCGGCCAAUUCACCGUUGCAACGGCGCGCACAUACCUCCAUUCCCGCUGGGGCUUGGGCUCUGGGCGUCAAGAUUCUGUCCUGUUAUUGGCGAUUGCACAGCAGCCCGGGAGUAGACUUAAAGAGGAGGCGGAGGCGCGGUCGUUCUUUGAUGGGCUCGUACAAUUCUAUGCCGAUGAGCAUGGUUUGACGUUGGGCGCAAAUUCGGGCGCCGCGGAUGAGACAUCGGGUUUGGGGGGGGGUUUGGUGAUGGAUCAGAAAACGUUGGCAGCUCUGACAGGGGGGCAGCAGGAGCUGUCCAAGGCGCUGUUGAAGAUCUAUGCCAAACAUCUGGAUAUCGAUCUGGAUGGGGAUCGGCGUGCGCUGCAUGAUCUGCAGGCGACCGUGGAGAAGGAUCUGCGGCUGGCGCUGGACCAGAUUCAUCAGGAGCUUGGCGAGGAUUUUACCGAUGGCGUGCAGCCGGUGUUUAGUGCGAGGAAGGCAAGGAGGUUUGAUAGUGCUUGGAGCUGGGCGUUGCAGGAUCUGCUGCAAUUGUAUUAUGAGGUGUCGAGGACAGGUGGCGAGACAGAGGUGGAUCUGGCGGCGAAGCGAUGCAAGCAUAUUGAGGAUGCAGCAGACCCCAGGCUCUUGGAUGUGCUGCAGCGGAUUGUAGGCAGGUUCGAGCAGCAGCCCGUGCUGUCGUCCAUGUUUACGCAGCUUGCGCAGCGAUGUCGCGAUUCGUUGCUGCACGGACCGAGAUACCUAGCGCGGCCUGAUCAGCAGGGCCCGCGCACAACGAUCAGCGCAGAAGGCGAUAUCACCUACACCGAGCAGGAACGGGCUGAGCCAGUGCCGCUUGCGGAUCUGGUGUAUCUUCCAAAAAGCACGGAGGCGGCCCCGCUGGAGCCGUUUCUGCAUCUGAAGCAACGAACCGGUGGUUCUUCGGCCUGGACAUACAGCCACGACCUCACGGAGCAGUAUCGCGCCGUACUGGAGCAAGCCACAACCGUUGGAGAGUCCUUCGCUGGACGCUCAGUUCUCAUCACCGGCGCGGGAGUUGGGUCCAUUGGCGCCGAAGUCCUCAAAGGCCUACUAGCUGGCGGUGCUCGCGUAAUUGUGACUACUAGCCGUUUCUCAUCCAGCGUGGUCCGCAAGUACCAGGACUUGUAUACACAGGUUGGUUCUCGCGGGUCUGAGCUGGUCGUUGUGCCCUUCAACCAAGCCAGCGUGCAGGAUGUCACCGCGCUAGUCAACUACAUCUAUGACGCCCAGGGCGGCCUGCAUUGGGAUCUCGAUCAUAUCCUGCCUUUCGCGGCUAUGCCGGAAAAUGGCCGAACAAUUGAAAAGAUCGACCCACAUUCCGAAUUGGCCCAUCGAACCAUGAUGGUCAACACGCUGCGCCUGCUCGGUGCUGUCAAGGCUCGUAAAGAAGCCCAGGGCUCGCGCACGCGACCAACCCAGGUCAUCCUGCCUCUCUCCCCCAACCACGGAGUUUUCGGUGGAGACGGUCUGUAUAGUGAGUCCAAACUGGGUCUGGAGGCACUCUUCAACCGUUGGCACUCGGAAGACUGGUCCGACUACCUUUCCGUCUGUGGUGCCGUGAUCGGCUGGACCAGGGGAACAGGUCUCAUGAGCGGGAAUAACCUUGUAGCGGAAGGCAUCGAGGAGCUAGGAUGUCGAACCUUCUCCCAGCAGGAGAUGGCGCAGUGCCUCCUCUGCCUUAUGUUCAACACAAUGUGCAGUCUUUGCGAGGAGGCGCCCCUCUAUGCCGACUUAUCUGGCCGCAUGGGCGCGGUGCAGAACCUCAGACAGAAGGUGCAGGAGCUGCGCACAGAGAUCAAUGAGACAGCGAACACGCGCAGAGCUCUCCUGGAGGAGCUGGCGAUGGAAGCCAGAUGCUCUGAGGGGCCAACGCCCACUAUUGACUCUGAACCCGCGAAAGCUACGGCCACCCCCACCCUUACAGCUCACGUUCGUCUGGACUUUCCCCCGACAGUCGACUACAAUCAGGAGAUUAAGCCCCUCACGGCCGACCUUCAGGGCAUGGUCGACCUCGACCGUGUUGUCGUAGUGACCGGGUUUGGGGAGAUCGGACCAUGGGGCAACGCACGCACGCGGUGGGAGAUGGAAGCCUACGGAGAGUUCUCACUUGAAGGCUGCGUUGAAAUGGCCUGGUUGAUGGGUCUAAUCCGGUAUGAGAACAGUUCAUCACCGGGCUGGGUGGACGCAAAGACAAACGAGCGCGUCCACGACCAUGAGGUCAAGCACAAAUAUGAAGAGCAUAUUCUGUCCCACACGGGUAUUCGUCUCAUUGAGCCUGACCGGUUCGGUGCGAACUACCACCCCGAGCACAAGCAGCUGCUGCACGAAGUGCUCAUCCAGGAGGACUUCCCCGAGUUGGAGGUGCCCGAAGCUACCGCGCAGCAAAUGAAACUGGAACACGGGAAUAAGGUGGACAUUAUCCCCGACCCAGAAGGGGGUGAUCAGUGCCGCGUGGUUCUGAAGAAAGGGGCAAAGUUGAUGGUCCCCAAGGCGCUGCGACUAGAUCGGAUGGUUAUCGGGCAGAUUCCCACGGGCUGGGAUGCGCGCAAAUACGGAAUCCCAGAGGAUGUGAUCUCGCAGGUGGACCCGGUUACCUUGUACAUGCUAGCCUGCUCGAUUGAAGCACUGCUCUCUUCGGGAAUCACUGACCCCUAUGAGAUUUACCGGUAUAUCCAUGUCUCUGAAGCUGGAAACUGCGUUGGCUCCUCCCUGGGUGGCUUCAACUCGCUCCAGCAGAUGUAUCGCGGCCGGUACAUGGAGAAGGAAGUCCAAAAGGAUAUCCUGCAAGAGACAUUCGUCAACACCAUCGGCGCCUGGAUGAACAUGCUUCUUAUGUCUUCUGCCGGCCCAAUUCGCACUCCCGUUGGCGCCUGCGCAACCGCAAUCGAGUCCGUCGAGCUAGGAUACGACACGCUGAUCAGUGGAAAGGCAAAAUUCUGCUUCGUUGGUGGCGGCGAUGAUUUCGGCGAGGAGGUCCUCUAUGAAUUCGCCAACAUGAAAGCAACCGCCAACACGGUCGAUGAGUUCGAGCAGGGCCGCGAGGCCUCCGAGAUGUCUCGCCCCGCUGCAAGCACGCGCAACGGCUUCAUGGAAUCCCACGGCUGCGGUGUUCAGAUCCUCACAACCGCAAGACUAGCCAUCGAGAUGGGCCUGCCUGUACGCGGCGUGAUCGCCUUUGUGGAGACAUCCAGCGACAAGGCGAGUCGGUCAGUCCCUGCGCCUGGAAGGGGGAUCCUUUCCAAGGCCCGUGAGGUGCGAUCCUCCUCGCCCUCCUCUUCGCUCAUUUCCUCGCCACUGCUCAAUAUUUCGAACCGGCGCAAGCGCCUGGACUUUCGCAAGAAGCAGAUCGAGUUCGCGCGAGAAACUGCCCUCGAGGAGCUACAGCUUGAAAUUGCCCACGUUGAGGAAUCCGAAGUCGAGGAUUAUAUCCGCGAGCGAACGGCACAGAUUAAUGCCGAAGCUCAAAAGGAUCUCAGAAACGCCCAGUACCACCUUGGCAAUGCCUUCUGGCAAAACGAUCCCAGCAUAGCACCCCUGCGUGGAGCAUUAGCCGUUUGGGGUCUUACUAUUGAUGACCUCGACGUGGCCUCCUUUCACGGGACAUCAACGAAGCUGAACGAGAAAAACGAGUGCAGUCUCAUCCAGGCACAACUCUCUCACCUCGGUCGCGCAAAAGGGAAUGUCAUCCUCGGCGUCUUCCAGAAAUAUUUAACUGGACACCCCAAAGGCGCAGCCGGAGCAUGGAUGCUCAACGGCGCUCUGCAAAUCCUGGACACAGGGAUCGUACCGGGGAACCGCAACCUCGACAACGUGGAGGCCGAAUUACAAAAGAACGAGCAAAUUGCCUUUUUAAAUCGGUCCUUGGACACAGGCCGUGGCAGCAUGCGCGCGGUCAGCGUCACUUCUUUCGGAUUCGGACAGAAAGGCGCACAGACUAUUGUCGUGCAUCCCAAGUAUUUAUUUGCGACGCUGGAGGAGCAGGAAUAUGAGGAGUACCUGGACAAGCGUGCGAAGAGGCAGAAGAAAGCCGAUUCGUUCUUCUAUCGGGGGUUGGCUUCCAACAGGCUUUUCGAGCUGAAGACUGCCCCGCCGUGGGCACCGCAGAAGGAGCUGGAGACGCUGCUAGAUCCCACGCCUCCACAAACCAAUGUUGAUGAUAGGGUGGCUCGAUCAAUAGUGCAACAAGAAUCUGCAGAACCGUAG